UGGGGGUGUAUUCAGACAGGCGCGAAUGUCACUCGAUCAAUCGAAUUCAAGCAGAGUGUUAACGUGUUUGUGAAUUAUAUACUAAAAUUAUAUUUAUUAAGGAGUAUUAUUAAAUAAUUAUUUAUAAUACUCAUUGAGUAUCAUAAAGGUUUUAUAUAUUUUAUUGUGAAUGUAAAUUGUUUAUUAUUUUAAUAAAUUAAACGCCAAGAUGACGGUCAUCACAAAAGCCAUUGGUGAAAAGAAGCCUGCAGAUAAAAUGGAGCAGCCAUUGCACAAUCCCCAGGGUGAUGUAGAAUCACAACGUUCUCAGCAACAACAACAGCAACGAGAUAAUAUGGGCCGACAUUCACACUAUUUUAUUCUACGAAGAGCUAAUUUCGCUUCAAAGUCUAUGACAUUGUAUUGUCUAUUAUUUACAGCACUAUUGGGAAUGAGUAUUGGUGUGCUUGGUGGUAUAUGUAUUUACAGACGGUAUGCUCGUGAACAGAUGCAUAGAUUCCGUACUGGAUGGUACAGCAUUCCAUAUGAACGUAUGGAUAAUAAAUUACCGUUUGUUAGCGAUGAAUUGUCAGCUGGUGUACCAUCUGAUAGUGAUCUAUUUAAAAGUCUUGCUCGAGAUACUGAACAGGAAGCUCUUGUUCUUGAUAGAUCAGCGCAAAAUACUAUACGUAAUUUCUUUCAAGAUUCUAGCAAAGACUUUUUCCAAGAAUGCUUUGAAAUGGAUUUAGAAAAUGGACAUUAUGAAGGAAUUGAAGUACCAGAUUUCCGUGAUGGUCGCCAAGGACGUUUUAUUCACGAUUUCAACAUUAAUCUUACCGGAAUAAUUGAUCUUGAUGGUCAUUCUUGUUUUGUUAUGGCACUUGAUCGUGAUAAAGUUUUACCACCAAAAAAUAUGUAUGAUUUAUUAAACAAAAUGUAUAAUGGAUAUUAUGAAGUAAAUACUAAAGUAGUACGUGAAACAAUGAGAGCUGUAUUUCCAGCUAUCUGUGAUCGCUCUACCGUAGGAACAUAUAUUGCACGUGAAUGUAAACAAAUGCCAAUAUAUACUCUUGAGAAAGUAAACAAUACCGGUAUAGUUAAGCGUAGUAUUGAUGGCGUUAUAUUUGGGCAUUUUGCUGGUACAAACAUUAUCGAAUAUGAUAUAUCAAAUAUGGCUGAAGUACAAGAAAAAUCACGUAAAGAUGAUUAAAUAUUAUACUAAUAAAUUAUUCACGUAAUAUAUGUUGCAGUAGAACAUUUGUAUCCCACUAUCCCCUCCGUAUCUAAGUCAAAAAAUUUAGAAAUUUUAUAUGACAGUUAUAUUAUUAAUGUAGAGCCGUCACAAUACGAUCAAUUUUAUUUUACUUUGAAUUACGUUUGAAUUUUAUAUUAAUUUAUCAAGUAACUCAUACUUGAGAAAACGAUCGUAACCAUGAGCUACAUUGGGCAGGAUUAGUAAAAAAACAUGACACUUUUACUAGAUGUAGUCUCAUUUCACGUGUGAUUGAUCAGUAAUACAUCUCUAAAUAAUAUAAAAAAUUUAUUGAUCAUGUUAUUUUUUUUUCCAAAUGCAUAAUUAUUGACGUAGUAUAAAAAAAGCAUAAAUUUUUUUAUUUUAUUAAUAAUCAUGAUCUAUUAAUUGUAUAUAUUGAAAGUAUUUUGUUUUUAUUAUAAUUUUUUAUAUACUUAAAUUUUAAACCAAACGAUAAUAUUUUGCGUAUUUUAGCGUCAUAAUUUUUGGACAGUUGCAUGAGUCCAACUUGCCAAAUUGACGUAAAGAUAAAAAUAAAAAAAUUUAUACUAUAUGCACUUAAUCGGGAUCCAUUCCAUAGAUUUAAGAUAAAAUAUCCAAAGUAUAAUUAGUUUAAAAAUAAAUUAUUGUGGUAAUAAAAUGUAAUUUAUAAUAUUUAAAUAAAUGUAUCUCUUAUAACAAAUUUAUAAAUGUAAAAGUGAAAAAAUAUUAAUAAAACACUGUAAAGUGAUAAAUAAAUAUUGAUGUUAAAUAUA